UAGACUUUAAGUCAAUCAGAGUGGGAUCUUUAACUGUGCCUGCCACUGGGUCUCUGCACCUCAACACAAGACACAUCCACACUUACAGCGUCCACACACACACACACACACACACACAUUCUCUCACUCAGACGCACACUUCCAGCAGCAAACAUAUGGAGUACUCUUGCUUCCUCCUUCUCUGGAUCUGCAGCCAGUUCUUAGGGUUCAAUGACUGCUUCAAUAUCGACACAAAGAAACACAGGAUCAUCAAAGGUCCAAAACAAGCCCAGUUUGGAUAUACUGUUCAACAACAUGUAGCCGCCGGAGGGGAAAAGUGGUUAUUAGUGGGCGCUCCGUAUGAGAUGAACGGACCCUACCAGACAGGAGACGUUUACAAGUGUUCACUGAACUCUAACAAACACAGUUGCUCCAAGCUCAACUUAGGAAGGAUAUCUCUGACCAACGUAUCAGAACGCAAGGACAAGAUGAGGCUGGGAAUGACACUUGCAUCCAAUCCAAAAGACAACAGCUUUGUGGCCUGUGGGCCUCUCUGGUCUUACGAAUGUGGCAGCUCGUACUACAGCACAGGCAUCUGCUCCAGAGUCAAUGCAAGCUUCAAGUUCUCCAGAACGAUAGCACCUGCCUUUCAGAGAUGUGAGACGUACAUGGACAUCAUCAUUGUUCUGGAUGGCUCAAACUCCAUCUACCCCUGGACAGAAGUGCAGGCUUUUCUCAUCAACAUCCUUCAGAAGUUCUAUGUCGGACCAGGUCAAAUACAGGUUGGUGUGGUUCAGUAUGGGGAGAAGGUGGUGCAUGAAUUUAAACUCAGUGACUACAAGUCAGUUGAAGAAGUGGUAAAAAGAGCACGUAGCAUCGACCAGCGCGGUGGCGAGGAGACCAACACGGCUCUGGGCAUCAAUGUAGCACGCUCAGAAGCUUUUAAACACGGGGGUCGGCGUGGUGCCAAGAAGGUGAUGAUUGUGAUAACGGACGGAGAAUCACAUGACAGUCCAGACCUGCAGCAAGCCAUUGAGGACAGUGAGAAAGAUGAAAUCACCCGUUAUGCUAUUGCUGUGCUGGGCUACUACAACCGCAGAGGCAUUAACCCAGAGGCCUUCCUUAAUGAAAUCAAAUACAUCGCCAGUGACCCAGAUGAUAAACAUUUCUUUAACGUGACAGACGAGGCAGCACUCAAGGACAUCGUGGAUGCACUUGGAGAGCGCAUCUUCAGUUUAGAAGGCACAAGUACGAAUGGGACAGCGUUUGGCCUCCAGAUGUCUCAGGCUGGAUUUUCUGCUCACAACGUUGAGGAUGGGAUUCUAGUGGGCGCUGUCGGGGCUUAUGAUUGGAACGGAGCAGUGCUGAAAGAAACACGUCAGGGAAAGGUGAUCCCUCCGAAGUCCUCGUACGCACAGGAGUUCCCCGAAGAGCUCAAAAAUCAUGGAGCCUACCUGGGUUAUACGGUGACAUCUGUGGUAUCAGCCAAAAAUGGCCGUCUACUGGUAGCAGGAGCUCCAAGGUUCAACCACACCGGCAAAGUCAUUAUUUUCACUCUGAAUAACUCCGGCAACCUCACCAUCCUGCACUCCCUCAAAGGCAUGCAGAUUGGCUCCUACUAUGGCAGUGAAAUUGCAGCUUUGGAUUUCGAUGGAGACGGGGUAACUGACAACCUGUUGGUAGCAGCGCCGAUGUACUUCAGUGGAGGCAUGGAGAAGGGGAAGGUCUACAUCUACAGAGUGACGGAGCUGAACCGUUUUGUCCAUGAAGGCACGUUGGAAAUCCACAACGGCGGCCAGAAUGCUCGCUUCGGUUCAUCGCUUGCUCCUGUCCCUGAUCUGAAUGGCGAUGGUUUUAAUGACCUGGUGGUUGGAGCUCCGCUGGAGGACGACCACAAAGGAGCGAUUUAUGUUUUCUUUUGCCAGCAAAACCGAAUAAUCCGCAAGUACAAACAGAGAAUAGCAGCUGCUGAUUUGGCUCCUGGCCUGCAGUACUUUGGGCGCAGCAUCCAUGGUGUAAUGGACAUGAACGGUGAUGGAUUAGUGGACCUGGCAGUGGGUUCCCUUGGAGCAGCUGUUCUACUAUGGUCACAGAGUGUCAUCCGGAUACACGUCAAUGUAAGGUUCGAGCCCAGUAAGAUCAACAUCUUUGUGAAGGACUGUCAGAGAGGUGGCAAAGACGUGACCUGUAUGUCAGCUAUAGUAUGUUUCAACAUCACUGCCAGGACAGCCAUCCUCCCCACACAGGAAAUUGGUAUCAGAUAUAAUGUCUCUGUGGCGGAGAGACGUUUCAAUCCUCGGGCCAUACUGGAUGAUCCAAACAACCUUCAACCUCAGAACCUCACCCUCCUUCCUGGAGAGGAGACCUGCGCACACAUCUUCUUCCAUGUCAUGGAAACCACAGACAAUGCCAGGCCCAUAGUGUUUGCUGUUCAAGUGGGACUGCAAGAUCCAGACCAGGGAGCAGUACUAGACGAGAGCUGGCCGACUGUGGUGAAGACUGAGCUGCCCUUCUGGAACGGCUGUGAUGAAGACGACCGCUGCAUACCAGACCUGGCUCUUCAGUGUAUGACUGACCUAAUGACUCGAAAUCAGUUCUGUGCUCAGCCUGUACAGUCUCGUGGUGCUUUCUGUCGCCAACUGGGGGAACACGGAUCGGAAGGGUCUCUGCGGGUGUUAGAGGGAAACAGAAGAAGGAUGGUGGUGGACGUCCGACUGGAGAACAAGGGAGAGAACGCCUACAAAGCUCGCCUGAAUAUUACCUACUCACCCAACCUCAGUUUCUCCAGCCUGAUCGUCAAGGACAAUUCAGACACCAAGAUUGAGUGUCACAAUGAGUACAGACAUAGGACUGAGAAGAUCUGUAAUGUCAGCGCUCCGUUCAUGAGAGCCAAAAGUCAGGUACUGUUUCGCCUGGAGUUUGAGUUCAGUCGCACCGUCUUCCUGGACCACGUCAGGGUCAUCCUGGAGGCUCUCAGUGACGGGGAGGAAAUGAGCACAGCUGAUAACUUCAGAGAUAUCUAUUACUCACUGAAGUACGAGGCAGAUCUUCUCUUCACCAGGGAUUCAAAUCCAACUCGGUAUGAAAUCAAGUCAGAGUUGUCUCUGGAGGAGCCUGGCGUCAUUGGACCUCCUGUCAACUUUACUUUCCAGAUCCAAAACCUCGGCUACUUCCCUGUCAAGGAUCUGCAGCUGAACAUUGAAGUACCAGAGAUGACAAAGAAUGGGAACCAACUGCUGCAGAUAUCUGAUUUCCAUAUUGAUCAGAGGGACGGUACCUACUGUUUACCACCUCAGCAUGUGGCCGAGAGCAGAGCGUCACCUGAGGACCUGACCCGCUUCUCUCGACUGAACCGAUCCAACACUUUAAUUCUGCCAAUCCAGUGCUCUGUAAAUGUGGCCUCCCACAAAGAGAUUGCUGUUAGAAUCAUUGGAGCUCUGAGAAUAGAUACUUUACAUGCACUGAAGUUUAAAAUCCUGGAGCUGGUCACCAGUGCAUCAGUGGUGCUCCCCUCCUCCAGCCCCAUGUUCCUACAUGAAGAGCGGCCUGUCAGACAUAUUGUCCUGGAGAUCAGGAAGGAGGGAGAUUACAGGAUCCCUACGUGGAUCAUCGUUGGUAGUACACUGGGAGGACUUCUCCUCUUAGCUCUGCUGAGUCUCGCUCUGUGGAAGCUUGGCUUCUUCCAGAGACAGAAGCACAGAGACGAGGACGAGCCAGAGGCCAAUGGAAAAGUGGCUGAAGAACGGUAACGUAGGAUACGGGCUCCUCCAGCAGACACCUGUUUCACAGGGGACUCCAAUACUCAGGGACCAACCUUCCCACCCCCUCCCCCUAACACCACAGUGACACUGUGUAGACAGCAAGGCUUUUUCAGUGCACUGGAUUUGACCAAUGCCACCCCCCGACCCUUUACAGUCAGCACUGUCAUACUCACACAGCCACCCUGCACUGUCGCCACAUCAGGGCCUUCUCUGGUCAUGUAUCCCACUGCCUUCUCUGUUGUGCCUUCACAGACGUUGGAGCUCUGGUGCUUUUUCUCACUGUCAGAACUGCCAGUCUAUUUACUAGGCCACUUGUCCUUAAGGCAAAUGUCCUUAAGGCAAAUGUCCUAAAGGCAAAUGUCCUAAAGGCAAAUGUAAGCCAGUCACUCCUCUGACUCAGCCUUUUUUUUAUAAGUAUUUAUUAAACGCCUGCAAUACAUUUGUAAAGACAUUAAAAACCUCAAGGGUGAGUCACCCUGUAUGUAAAAUUACUCUAUUGUAUAUUGAUCUAUGUUGAGUUGACUUAAUUUAUGAAAACAAGCCAAAAGCGAAGUAAUUGUUUCACAGUGCGAGGAGGAUUGAAGUCAUUGAAGUGAAGGAGAAUCCAUUUCUUUUUCUUAGAAUUAUUAUUUUGAGCGAUGGUCUGUCAACAUUUGAUGCACUUUUACUUUGUACAAAUUGAACUUGAAUUGUGUAAAUAUUUAAGUAGCUUUGUAUUCCCUUUCAGUAUUAUGGUACUUUUCAGUAUUAUUUCUUGUAGGUCUGUGGCAAUAUACUUUGUAAUGUCUGGUUCAAGGGAUUUAUUUUUUUUUUUAGUCAGUCUUGUGAUAUUAAACCCAACGGAGAGACAUUUGUAUACCUUCUACAAUGCACUGCAUCAGCGCAAAGGGUGUGCAUGAAGUACUGCUUUUCUAAAUAAUUAGUGAGUUACAAUUGUAAUAUUUGUAUUGAUCAUAUUACGGAAAGUGCCUCAGAUUGGAGUGCAUUGUAGUUUUUUGCUGUAAGAGUAAAUUAAAUCAAUGACAGCAUUACAGAUGGAUGUCAGUUAGGUUUUGAGGAGGUAUUAGAAAAUGUGAGAUGCCAAACAAAUAAAAUAUUUUGAACACGU